AUGCCCGCCCCGGCUUGCUGGACCUGCCGCUUACGGCGCAAGAAGUGUGACAGGACACGACCCGCGUGCAGAGGCUGCGCCCACCUCUCCAUCGACUGCCACUACAGUUCUGAACGUCCGCAUUGGAUGGAUGGAGGGCAUAAGCAAAAGCAAAGGGCCAGAUUCGUCAAGGCUCAGGUCAUCCAGGGUGCCACAUCUCGGCGUGGCAAAGGCUUCGCCGUCCAGGUGCAGCCUCUUCAACAGGAAGAGGCCCCAUCGGAAGGCUUUCCCUCCUCCCUUGGUAAACACGGCGGUACCACCACAUCUGCUAGAGCGGCUCAUCCAACUAGCCAAAAGGAAACGGAUGACUUCCUGACAUCCCUGUACCUCGACACCGUAUUUCCCCACCUCUUUCCCCUCUACCGCCCAGCGACUUCGGCUGGUGGCCGCGCCUGGCUGCUCAAAGCUAUCCUAGGGCAGCCUGCAAUCUAUCACACUGUCAUCAGCAUCAGUACAUACUACUUCACCCUCCUCCUCGCGCGAGAUGCAAGCCAGACUCUACGCACUCCCUGCGAGCAACAAGUCUGGGAUACUCUGGCAUUGCAUAUGGACUGUUCCCUCAAAAUUAUCCAGGGCGAAAUGACAGCAUUUAAUAAAGGUACAUGGGGGAAGGAGGAGGCUCUCAAACGGGCUCGCUUACUGGGCGCCAUCGUCCAGCAGUUAAUCUUUUACACGGCCAUGGCGCAGGGCGCUGCUUGGAAAUUGCACCUCACAGCAGCUUUGAGCCUGCUUCGUGAAAUCAUCGAAACACACCGCGGAGACGAUGGGUUCUUCGAUCUUGACGAGUUUCUGCAAACCAUGGCGCCCAAGAGAUCGAUAUUUGAUGGCUUAUCUCUUGCUCUCACGCCUUGGUCCGAGGAACAGAAUGCCUUUCGGUUCUUCACAGCCUUUUUGGUAUAUGCAGACGUGAUAUCAGGUGUCAUGAGUGGAACUCCGCCGAAACUCCAACCAUACCUCGGGAUGCUAUUGAAUGAUGGCGUAACGGCUUUGAAGAUGGAGGAGUUCAUCGGGUGUCCGGGAUGGAUAUUGGCCGCUCUUGGCCAGAUCUCGGCGAUAGAGGCGUCACAAAUUGCCAGGGGACGCAGUGCCAUCCACAAAAGAGGAGAAGAAGACAGAGGGAAACUCGCAGAACUCAAGAUACAGCUCCAAGUUGGCCUGACGAACACGAAAGUAGACUUGCAGACAGACCUGGCGGCCCAUCAGGCUGCACAGGCAUGGAUACAUGGAGCAACACUAUACCUUCGUAUUGUCGAACAAGGGCGUCGACCCUCGCAUACAGAAACAAAAGAUCAUGUGCAGUUCAUUACAAGUCUGAUUGGAUCACCUGCAUCCCAGGUCUCCCUGCGCAGCAUCAUGUGGCCAGUCUUUAUGGCUGGUCUGCUAGCUGGGCAAGAGGAUGAGAUCAUCUUUACCGAGGCUGUCUCGGAUUUGGGCGCUCUUAAGGCAUUUGGAUCUGCGAAACAAGCUCUAAGUCUGUUGGAGCGGGCUUGGCUUGCGCGUAAUGACACUCCACAGGAUACUGCACAGGACUUCUGGCAGCUCUCGGAUUGUUUCGGCGGCAAGGACACGCAUGGCGUGACGAAGCUGACAGAACCCACAGAGACUGCCGUUCCUUAUGCUGCUUUCAAAGAAGCAGGGUUUAAAGUCCAAUUUGCCACCGAGGCUGGAAAGACCCCGCAAUGUGAUAAGAGGAUGAUGGAAGGCGUCACUGGGAAACUUCUGGGUGCAAAAGCUGCUGUGGUGGAACAAUGCAAAUCCAUGCUCGAGUCAGACGAGGCUCGCCAUCCGCUGUCAUGGACUGCGCCUGGUUUCUCGCUCGACGAGUAUAACCUCGUCCUCUUCCCUGGAGGACACGACAAGGCUGUGCGACAAAUCAUCGACUCCAAGGAAGUGCACAAGCUCAUCCUUGACUACUUCCCCAAGACGAAGAAGCCGAGCAACAAGGCCGUAGGAGCGAUCUGCCAUGGCGUCAUGGUGCUGUCGUCUGCCAAGGGUGGUGAUGGUAAGAGCGUGAUCCACGAGUGCACCACGACUACACUGCCUGGCUUCUUUGAGAGUUUUGUAUACUGGGCUACUAGGGCGUUUCUUGGUGAUUACUAUAAGACAUAUGGGGCUGGUAGUGAGAACACAGAAGAUUCUAUCCGCCACAGCCUCGCUGAUGAUAGCAAGCAGUUCAAGGGAAGCAAUAGUUUUGCUCCCUUUGUUGUCAAGGAUGAGGAGUAUAACUAUGUCUCUGCAAGAUGGCCCGGCGAUGCAGAUCUGUUUGCCAGAACCUUGAUAGAUCUUGUGCGAGAGUCGCAGUAG